AUGCUCCGCUGCCGUGCUGUCUCGAAGCUGGCCACGCUGGCCGCCCUUCGCUUCCUCACCAUCACCCCGAUUCCCAUGCCCGCGCUCUCCCCCACUAUGGAGAAGGGCAAGAUCACGGAGUGGUGCAAGCAGCCUGGUGACUUCAUUCGCCCCGGCGACACCUUCUGCAACAUCGAGACCGAUAAGGCUGUCGUGUCGUACGAUAAUGCAACUGAAGAGGGCUUCUUCGCCCGCGUCAUCACCUCUCCUGGCGAGGAGACGGUUGUGGGUCAGACAGUGUGCCUCAUCGUCGACGAGAAGGAGGGUGUCCACUCUGACGAGGUCAAGAACUGGAAGCCUGAGGCCGAGGAAGCACCCGCUGCGGCUGCCGAGGAGGCUCCUGCUGCCCCUGCCGCUACAACCCCUGUGGCUGCUGCCCCUGUGGCGGCGUCUGGUGACCGCGUGAAGGCAUCGCCGUACGCUCGCAAGAUGGCUGCGGAGAAGAACGUUUCACUGAGAGGCAUCAAGGGCACCGGUGGUGGUGUGGGUCGCAUCACGUCCAAGGACGUGGCGGCUGCCGUGGCAAGCGGCACCGCCAGCUCGGCUGCAGAGGUGGCUGCACCGGCCAAGACUGCUGCUACUGCGGCACUGGCUGCCCCCGCGAAGCCCGCGGCAGCCAAGGGAACGCCUCCAGCGAACCCCAACUUCACCGACAUUCCGGUGACGACAAUGCGAUCUGUCAUCGCGAAGCGCCUGCACCAGUCCAAGAACCUGGAAAUUCCGCACUACUACCUCUUCGACGACUGCCGCGUCGACAACAUGCUGGCCCUCAUCAAGCAGCUGAACGCGAAAGGUAAUGGCGAGUACAAGAUCACUGUGAACGACUACAUUGUCAAGGCGGUUGCGCGCGCCAACACUCUGGUGCCGGAGGUGAACUCCUCCUGGCAGGGUGACUUCAUCCGCCAGUACGCCACCGUUGACGUCUCGGUGGCUGUGGCCACGCCGACUGGCCUCAUUACCCCGAUCAUCCGCAACGCGCAGGCGAAGGGUCUCGUAGAAAUAUCGAAGGAGACGAAGGCUCUAGCGAAGAAGGCGCGCGACGGUACGCUGCAGCCCAGCGAGUUCCAGGGUGGCACGUGCUCCGUGUCGAACCUCGGUGCCACAGGCAUCCCCGGCUUCACAGCCAUCAUCAAUCCCCCGCAGGCGAUGAUUCUCGCCGUAGGCUCCGCCAAGCCGCGCGCUGAGAUUGUGAAGAGCGAGGAGACGGGCGAGUUUGAGAUGACUGGCAGGGUAGAGAACGUCGUGAGCUUUUCGGCGUCCUUUGACCACCGCAUCGUCGAUGGCGCCCUCGGCGCCAAGUGGUUCCAGCACUUCCAUGACGCCAUGGAGAACCCGCUGUCACUUCUGCUGUAG